AUGGACGAAAAGACCCUCAAAAAGACCCAACCAAUAAACCUUCAAAAAACACCAAAAAAUCACCUAAAAAUCGACGAAAAAUCCAUCAAAACUCCACCCAAAAUUCCUCAAAAAAAGAAAUUCCAAUACAAGAGCUGCAACGCCGGCAUUCGGAGGCCAGGUUGGGCUCGACCGGCGGCGGGCGGCGGCGGCGGCGGCAUCGGCGGGGGCGGCCUCGGCCUAGGAGGCCUGGGGAGCGGGCUGGCGCCGCCCCGCAGUCCGGAGUUGAGGCGGCAUUCGGACGUGUCUCCGGCUUCGCUCAAGGAACUCGAAAAAUUAAAAGGCGCCGGCGCCAAGACGCCCGACCCGGACUGGUCGCGGAACCGAUGCGGACGCAGCGCGGCCUCCAGCCGUCAAAACAGCCCCCCUCGCGACGCCCCACCGGCGGCGGCGCCGCGCCCCCGCCGCCCCUCCAGGGUGGCCCGCCAGCACAGCUAUGACGACGAGAGCAACGAAAGCCCCUCUCGACAGCUUCCCUCUCAACUAAACAACCUCUAUAUUAGAGCAAUCUUUCGACCGCUUCCUCAGGUAAAGAACCCGCUCGCUCCCGGCUCAAACCAGGACAACGGGCUCGGCUUGCCGGCCCCGAUGCCCCGCCGGGCAUCCGCCUACGACGUGUUCUCGGUGCCCGGCCUCAGCACGGUGACCGCCGCCCCGGCCGCCGCCUCCGUGGCCGGCAGAAGGGCCUCUUUCAGAAUUGCCCCGCCGGAGCCGGGCAGCCCGCCCAGCCCCGACGGACCGCCGGCCACUUUGGUGGCCCCCGAAGAGGACAGGAGGAUGCGCCGCAGGGGAUCCCAUCUGCCGGACAUCGCCGGGCUGCGUCCGAUGGUGCCGAGACCGGCGCCGGCGCUCGAAGAUCUGGAGGCGACGCCGCGACGCCAGCAAUCGGUCGACGCCGAGGCGAUCAGGAUCGUCAUACACGACGUCGAUUCGGGAACGGCCGCCGCGGCGCAGAAACGGGUCCUGCUCAGGAGGGAUCCCGCCGAUAAGGCUCACAGAACCCGAGGCUUCGGAAUGCGCGUCGUGGGAGGAAAAACCGCCCCCGACGGUCGACUUUUCGCCUACAUCGUGUGGACCGUCCCCGGCGGACCCGCCGAAAAAGGCGGCCUUCAACAGGGCGACAAGGUGCUGGAAUGGGGCGGCGUGUCGUUGAUAGACCGCUCCUUCGAGGAGGUUUGCGCCAUCAUGGAUCGUACCGGGGACACCGUUGAGCUCCUGGUAGAGCACGCCACUGAUUUGAGAAUGUGCGAUCUUCUGGACGAUCCCAUACCGCCUCCAAGUACCAUCAUAACCGGCAGGAAACCAUCCGAGGCGAACAUUUCCGCAUUGCAUAUAGAGCCCCCCGAGACGGACAAGACGCCGUCGUCGCCGACGAGACGAAAACUACCCAAAACGCCGGAACAAAUCGCCCGAGAACGCGCCGUCAGCGGCAGGAUCCAGAUCCAGGUGUGGUACCACGACGAACGAAAAGAACUGGUAGUAGCGGUACUAGCUGCAGACGAACUCGCCGCCCGCGACGAUUCCCUAGGCUUCGGAUCGCUGCCCGAAGCCUACGCGAGAUUGUGCCUCUUACCUCUAACAUCCGAAGAGCAUUGUGUACAAACCGAAGUAGCCCCAGCCAGCCAGAACCCCAUAUGGAACGCGAAUUUGAACUUCCCCAACGUACCAGGCGACGAGCUGAUGGAGAGAGUCCUGGAGAUCACCUUGUGGGACCUCAUACCCCGCAACGAGCACGCCUUCCUCGGCGAAUGCUCCGUCGACAUCCAGAAGGCCUUCCUCGACGACCGCGCCGUCUGGUGUCGACUAGAAGACCCGCGCCAGGCGCGCGGCAAAUCGCCCCACACCUCACCAAGAGCCUCAAUCGCCGGCGCCGGCAAGCGCGGCGACUUCGGCGCCCAGCGCAGCGUCUCCGACGACGUCGAUUCGAUCGGCGAGUGCGCCAGCCUGCUGCACCCCGAUCACGCGUGGGGCUCCCGCCGGGGCUCCUCCCAAUCCGAGCAGCUCGAGGUCGAGGUCUACGAGCUCGGCAAGGACUUCUCGCGCUCGUUGCCCGGCUCCAGGAGGUCUUCGUUCCAAUCGGCGCAGGAGCAACAAGAGGUUGAGCGACCAGCUGCACCACCACCUCCUUCGUAUAGUAGGGAUAGAAGGAGGAGUAGUUGCACGAGGAUGUUGAGGGAUCCGGAGGAGAUACUCAAGUCGCUGAAGGCGGUGAAAGGGGAGCUGGGUAGGACGAUGAGCCUCACUGGAGAUAAACGACACAGACGUAAGUGUUGCUGUAGGAUUCUUAGAGUUGUGAGUAUAAGUUGGUUGAAUUGGGAAGGUUCGAGCGGAGCUGGGAGUCGGGAUUCGAGGAAGGAGAGCGUGGCGGAGUCAUCGGAGCCUUCGAAAGACAGCCCACCAUCGAGCCCGGAGCGUACCUCACCGCCCCAACUCGGUCCAGGUCAGAUCAAACCGCGAGGUUUCCGCUUGUCCAGCACCAAACCGGUGGAGAUCAAGCUGGGGUUGCAGAUGACCAAGGGCCAGCUGGAGGUGGAGGUGGCCUGCGCCAGGCACAUUCCGGCCAAGGAGGCGCCGCCCGACACCUACGUCAAGUGCUAUCUGCGCGACGGCGACCGUUGGUUGCAGAAGAAGAAGACGCGCGUGGCGAAGCACUCGUGCGAGCCCCAAUUCAGGCAGACGUUGAGGUAUCAGGCGUGCGACGCCUUGGGCAGAAGUCUGGUGGUGAUGCUGUGGGAGCGGCAGGGCGGGUUCGAGCACAACCAUGGGUUGGGCGGCGCCGAGGUGGCCUUGGACGCCGUGACGUUGACGCACGUGACGAGCGGUUGGUAUCCGUUGUUUCCGAUCCAUUCGUUGGGAUCGGAUUCGAACGAUUCGCCUUGACCUGGAGGCCUGGAUAGUCCCGGCGAGAGUCCGGUCGAGUAGGCUUUGAUUGUGUACAUUUCAGAUCGCGAUAUUGGGUUGUAGUAGGCUAUGAGUGCGAUUUUUGUGGUUUGUGUCAUUUGUCAUUGUGACAAAAGUGUUGUUUUAUCGAUCUGUCUUUGUUUAACUCGUAGAAAUGCGCCAUGUUGCGGUCUGGAUUGAAGCAAUCUGAAUGUAUCUAUCUUCCGCUUUGGUUCUGCUUUGUUCGUUUUGGAAGAUUAUGGCUACUUUUACACCAUUUUGUUCGAUAUGAUUAUAAGCGAUUGGGAGUAGUUGGCCCUAACUGUCAAUGUCAUAUGCUGGCCUACUGUCAUUCGAUGCCUUCUCCUCCUUCAAUGCGAUAACUGUCAACUGUCAUAUGUUAUUGGCCUACUAUCAUUUAUUAUCAUUCAAUACCUUCUUCUCCAUUUUGGUUUUUUUUAAAGAGUUUUAAAGGACUUUCUUACAUAAAAUGAGGCUUUCGAUUAGAUAAUGAGACUUUAUUUACCAAUUUCGGCUUACUGUGAGUCUGAUACAAGUCUUAACAGUCGGUUAUCGGAUAAUUAACUCCCAAUCAUUUAUAAUCACUCAAUUAUAAACACUCUUCUAAUUGUUACAAUGGUACAGAAACUAAAUGAAUUCUUUAAUUCUCUCGCUUAUUUCAUCUCUUACACGAAACCUUGAAUGCUAAAGUGCCUGUUGAUAGUAAAGAUGACGGGUGUGUUGAAAUUAGAAUCGUUCGAUUACAGACCAGCGAAAAUAGCUGUAGAUGUGACAUUUAGCGUCUUUUGCUAUUUAAGAAGGUCUGUAAGAUGGAAAUUGUACAUUUUCAACGCUUCUUGUUACGUGAGAGGAGUUCUAAAGGCUUCAAGCGCUGUAUAAUUGAAUUGAAACACCAAUUUGUGAAUUUGUAUACUUUGCACUAUAUUUUGUAUAAUAACUGAUGAAUGUUAUUCGUGAGUAUUAAUUGCUGGUAAAUGAUUAACCAUGUAGGGUGAUAGAAUAUAGAAAAAUUUGCCAAAUUAUUUGACCUUUCCGAGAGUCGUGAAAAUUUCAUUACUCGUAUAAAAAAAAUCUUCCAUAUCAUUUCUUUACUGAAUAAUCCAUAUCUUCUACUCAAUAUAUCAGUAUAGUUGAAAGGACCAAAAGUCGUAUUUUCGAAUUAUUUUCAACAAAAAUAUCCAGCUUAAGAGAUCAUUGAAAUUUUUAAAAGAACGAUAUUUUUAUAAUUUCUUUUAGCGUAUUGAAAAUUGAAAUUAUCUUUCGCGAAAUAUAUUUAAAAAAAAAGUAGGUAGAAUGUGUAACAUAAUUACCAUUGUAAAAACAAAUCGAUGUGAACUAAUUAAUUGUAAAUACUCAAAAAUACUUUUUUUCCUAAAACACUUUUGGCUCAUCUAUCGCGAAUUUACCGAAAACAUUACAAAGUUUUCCCAAAGUCGGUUUGAUACACACUUUGGCAACACUGUACGUUUUCAAAAUCUCUAAAUUGCUUUAAGAUAACGAAAACUAAUCAUCAAAUUAUCCAUAAUUAAUAUUUUUCUAUCGGCUUUUGACAAUCUAAAUCUAUAGUAGGUUCUCCUACGACUGAGUAAAAAAAAUUCUUCUAAACAUUUAUAAUGUACGUAAUAAAUGCCUAGGGAAGCACAAAAAGUAUUGUCGAGGACUCUGGAAAAAAUUCGGAAAGAAAAUUGUGCCAAAAUUGACGUUAAAUUUAAAAAAUGGAAAGUAGAAAAAAAAAUUCGAUGUGUUCGUUCGCCUAAAAAUAUACAGAGUGGUCGAACUAUACGCGAAAGAUUCAUCCGAUAACGGAUCACCCUGUAUAAAACUGUUUAAGAAACGCAAAAAGUUUCCUUUAAAAACCAUUCACUCGUAGUAAAUUAGGUUUAAUUUCGCAAAAAUCAGUUCCAUUAAGCUGUUAUUUCCACGUGGAAAAUUCGAUGGAAAACCAUCGAAAUUUCGGCCCUACAUACUCCUAUCCUUAUUAUAAGAAUUGAAUAGAAAAAGAUGCAUAAGAGUGGCUAGGGGAACUACCGCAAGUCUUUCAUAUUCAACUUAUAUCUACGGGAAAUAAAACGAGGAGGAAAAUUCAUUCGUAAGUGAAUUUUCUUCUAAUUUAUUUUCUACAGUGAAAAUUCGACCAUCACAACAGAGGUGAUAACUCUUACCCCCGUAUUCUGAUGUUUUUUUUUAUAACCAACUGGUUUUGUAACCGAAAAUUCGGAAAUAAUAUAAUCGUUAGUUACAAAACCAUUUGGUUAUAAAAAACUUCUGAACACGGGGGUUAACCACUCGUAUUCAUCUUAAAACUUCUUAAAAUAUCUAUAAAAAAAUAUAUAUUACAUAUUGUAAUCAAUGGCCUAACAUUGAAACAUGACAAUCCACUUUAUAUAAAUAAUAUUCUACAUGGACGAUCAGUGUCUGUAAAUGUUAGAAUAGCGUUGAAUAUUAAUCUAUUAAAAUGAAUUUAGCUAGUGACAAUCUGUUGAAUGUUAGUUUAUUCGUUAAAUAAUAUCGAAAGUAUUUUGAAUCGGUUUAUGCACUGGGGUGGAAAAUUUAUUAUAUCUUUUAGUAAAUUGGUUUUAUAAGGCUCACUGUUUUGUGAGUUUUUACGAGAUAUACUUCUCUAAAACUCUUUUUUUAAUCAAGCGUGGGACACACUGUAUAUAGGGUGUAUCUAAAUAACACCGACAAAUUUUUUGAAAAAAAUGAUUUUUAUUUUUGGCUGUCAUUUAAUUUUUUUUUCUCGUAAACGCUCAAGUUAUUGAAAAAACUUGUAGAGAUAAAAAAGUUAGUAAACGAAUUGGGCUUUUCAGCCAUAUUUUUUUUAAAGAAAAAUUUUCAUCUAGAAAAAAGUUGCAGGAAAAAACGUCUUAGGGGUUGACAAUUUCAACCCCUUCUAAGCACACUUCGGGGUUGAAAAAAUUUCAGAACGUCCAGUUUCGUUGACGAAUAAUAUUCCCCAAGUUUCGCGUCUUUAGCUUAAUAUACAGGGAAAAUAAAGAGGAAAAUUAAAUUUUUAUUUCAAUUUUCGGAGGGGUAUAACUUUUCAGUGAAGGGUUUUUUCAAAAAAUUUUAUACCAAGCACCCACCUUAAUUUACAUCACUGAAUCACCUCUUAAAAUUUUUCGGCGUUAUUUUGCAUUUCGUAUUUUCGUAUACAGCAUGUCCCACGCUAAAUAGGGACGCACUGUAUAUUACAUUGGUUUUUCACAGAUUGUACACAUGGAUGUGCGUUUGUAUGACUGUAAAUGUAUUAAGCACAAUAUAUAAUAUACGUUUUCGAAUCGACAAAAGGAACAUUUUCGAUUAUUCUGUAAUAAAAUUCUCUUGAGAGUUCUUGCUGGUCGAGAACCGAUUCGAUUGGGGAUUUUUCAACUGAGAACCGUCCGUUGUCGAUUCGAAUACUAUAAAUGUUAGUUAUCGUUGUGUCUUCUUGAUGAUUUCGAACUUUUUAAACACGUUAUUUUGGAUUAGAAAUAUACAGUGCUUUUCAAUAGUAACAGUUCAUUAGAGAUUAUACAGUUGGAGUUUCUGAGGAGUUGAGAAUUUGAAAAUUUUUGUGUGAGGUGUAAUCGAUGUUGCGAAUUUUUCUGGAAUAUUUUCAAAUUCGCCACUCUUCAGGAACUCCUACUGUAUAGACUCUAAUGGACUGUUACUAUUGAAAAGCACUGUAUAAAAUCCAUUCGAGCAUAAUUCUAAUCGAGCCAUUGGCGACUCAACCAGUGCGAAAUGUGUAUAAUAAAUGCAAAUUAUUUUAAUAUUAAAAAAAUCUAUUUGAGCGAACCUCUAAUAAUAUCUCAAUUAUUUUUGUUAUAUUAAACGCCGUAAGUGUAUAUUAAAUAAAUGUAAAAAUACAACAAUUACAAAUCCAAAAUUUAGUCGUUUAAUUUCACAAUUCAAUGCAGGAUUUUCGAAGAUAUUUAUUUACACAAUAAUUUACAUUAUACAGGGUGUUAAUUAAUUGAGUGUCGAUACUUCGGGGUGUAAAUAUUUGGGUGAUUUUAAGAAGAAAAGUUUAAAAGAAGAAAAAAUACUUUUCUCUCAUAAUUUUCUUAUUACUCCAGAUAUUUUUAAAAAAUUUGGGACGUGGAUGUCACUGAACACUAAAAAUGAACACACAAACACCCCAAAAAAUAGAAAUAUUUCGAAAAUUAAGCGAUUUUCAAAAAGUUUUGUUCUGCAAAAAUUAUAGAGAAAUGUUUUUUCUACUAGUUAAAGUAAAUUAUGUGUUUCUAUCUCGAUUAGUUUUCGAGAUAAUUGUGAUUUUGUAUUGAAAUGUACUCAAAUCGACAAUUUUUGGGGAAUUCAUACAAAUUUAAAAAUAUCUCGAAAACUAAAAGGUUUUAGAAAAAUUUUCUUUCUUUAAAAAUUGUAGAGGAACGUUUUUUCUACUGAAUGAAAUAAAUAGGAUAUUUCUAUCUUAAUUAGUUUCCGAGAUUAUUGUGGUUUUUUAUUGAAUUGUACUCAAAUCGAUCAUUUUUGGGAAAUC